AUGGUGAUAGAUACGGGAUCUAACAUUACAAUUUUGAGACCGGACGUAUUGGGGCGAGUUUCGAAAGACGUAGACAUUGAUGUACAGCCAGUAGACAGUUUAUUACAGACAGUAACCGGUGAAACAACACCAGUACAAAGUCGUGGUAAGCUCGCUUUUCAGGUUGGAAAUUUGAAAGUCGUACAUGAUGUAUGGAUUGCAGAUGUCGAGAACGAGUGUAUUUUGGGACUAGACUUUCUGAUUUCGAAUGACUGUGUUGUUGAUGUACAAGAAUCCUGUUUGCGUAUUGGCCCGGAAGAAAUUCGAUUCAAGGGGAUGACAGCCACAAAGAAAUCAGUUUGUCGCAGAGUGAUGGUUGCUGAAACAUGGUUGGUUCCACCGAAGAGCGAAGCGAUAAUUCCAGGAAUGCUGGACGGUGAUGGUAGUCCUGAAGAAGGUUGGGAGAAAUCAACCCUAGCAAGGAACCAGGAUUGUCCAGUGAUAUUCUCGUAG